CUGCUAGCCCGGCGCAUGCGCCCUGAGGGCCCGCCGUCCCACCGGCUGGGUGAAGGGCAGCGGCAGGGUUCCUGCGGUGAGGGUCCGGCAGCACAGGCGGUGGUCAGUGGGAGUCCGAAGGGGGGCACCGUCUUCAGGAUGGAGUCUCUACAGGAGGGGGAGGCCGGGGCGCAGAGCGAGCAGGUAGCUUUGGGGGAGGAGGCGGUGCUGGGAGCGGAUGACAUAAUGGCGGAGGUGGAGGUGGUGGCCCACCAGGAAGCCGACGAGAAGCGGCAGGAGCAGGUCCAGCGGGCACAGCCUGGCCCUGGGCCCAUGAGCCCAGAGUCUGCACUGGAGGAGCUGCUGGCCGUUCAGGUGGAGCUGGAGCCGGUUAAUGCCCGAGCCAGGAAGGCCUUUUCUCAGCAGAGGGAAAAGAUGGAGCGGAGGCGCAAGCCCCACCUGGACCGCAGAGGCGCCAUCAUCCAGAGCAUGCCUGGCUUCUGGGCCAAUGUUAUUGCAAACCACCCUCAGAUGUCGGCCCUGCUCACUGACCAAGAUGAAGACAUGCUGAGCUACAUGAUCAACUUGGAGGUGAAAGAAGCGAAGCAUCCCGUUCAUCUCUGCCAGAUCAUGUUGUUCUUUCGGAGUAACCCCUACUUCCAGAAUAAAGUGAUUACCAAGGAAUAUCUCGUGAACGUCACAGAAUACAGGGCUUCUCAUUCCACUCCAAUUCAGUGGUGUCAGGAUUAUGAAGUUGAGGCCUAUCGCCGCAGACACAACAACAGCGGUCUUAACUUCUUCAACUGGUUUUCUGACCACAACUUCGCAGGAUCCAAUAGGAUUGCUGAGAUCCUAUGUAAGGACCUGUGGCGCAAUCCCCUGCAAUACUACAGGAGGAUGAAGCCACCUGAAGAGGAAACAGAGAUUUCAGGGAACGCGCAGAUGUUGGGUUGAAUAUGAUGGAGCGUCGGACACAGGUGCUGUGUUCACCUAACACGGCAGAACUCCUGAAAACUUACUACAGUAUGCAGGAUGUCAGCACUCAGCAUGGUCUUGUGCACAGGAACUAAAGGACAAGCAGAUCCAGUCACAGCAAAUGAAGACAGGAAGCGGGGUGGGGGAAUUGAAUUGUAAGGAAUAAAAAAUAAACAGUAUUAAGGA